GCGCGGAAGCAGCGAGCAGGCCGGCGCGUCCCGCUCGCCAUGAGCUUCCUCAGGCGUCUCCCGGAGCCCCGCGAGGGCGUCCGGCUGAGGCAGCCCGACACCGAGGCCGUGCUGGGGGGACGGGGGCUGGGCACGGGCAGCCUCUACAUCGCCGAGAGCCGUCUGUCAUGGAUCGAUACUUCUGGCCUUGGAUUUUCCUUGGACUAUCCCAUCAUUAGCUUACAUGCCAUCUCCAGGGACGUGAAUGCCUACCCGUGGGAGCAUUUGUACGUUAUGGUAAAUGCAAAGUUUGAAGCCGAUGAAUCAAAAGAAGCUCCUAUGGAAGAGAAGGAAAAAGAGGAGGAAGAGGAAGAAGAAGAGGACAAUGAGGAGCUCGAGCCCAUUUCAGAAUUCCGCUUCAUACCCAGCGACAAAUCAGCCCUUGAAGCCAUGUUCUCCGCCAUGUGUGAAUGCCAAGCCCUGCAUCCUGACCCUGAAGAUGAAGACUCUGACAACGAUUAUGAUGGUGAUGAAUAUGACGUUGAGGCCCAUGAGAUAGGCCAAGGUGACAUCCCGUCAUUUUACACGUAUGAAGAAGGCUUGUCGCACCUGACUGCCGAGGGCCAGGCUACGUUGGAGAGGCUGGAGGGCAUGCUUGCACAGUCGAUAAGCACACAGUACCACAUGGCCGGGGUGCGGACAGAAGACUCCGUCAGAGAAUUUGAGGAUGGGAUGGAGGUGGACGUGGCACCAUCAGUAGCUGGGCAGUUUGAAGACGCUGACGUCGAUCAUUGAGGAGGACCUGGGUGCCUGUAAGAUUCUUCUGCCAGCAUUUCAAGAACAGGUUCUAUUCGAGCUUGAAGAUACCAUAACAAGAAUCGCCCUAUCUGUAUUAACGGCCUAAACGUGGAUAUUUAGGUCUGUACAUGAUUUUAUAAAUGUGCUUAUACAACAGGAUUUGGCACUGUGGAGUUGCUUAUGUGUUUUUGUGUGUGUAUACACACUUAAGGAAUCUGUAAUAAUUUGGAUCUGAGUGGAGGCUUAAUCAUGGCUUACAACUGGAAAGCCUUUACAGAAUUACUAGAAAUUAAGGAAUAAAGUUGUAUUUAGACCAGAGUUCUAGAUUGUCCUAGAAUUUCCCCAUAUUUUUGUGCUUGUUUAUCCACAGCUGACCACAUCUUAAGGGAAGCAUAUUCUGGUUUAGCUAAAGAGAGAGGGUGGCAUUGCCCUGUUUAAGCUGGAGACAGAGCACAAUUAAUACAUUGUGAAAAAUACUGCAAAGAAUUGUCUCGAUUGACUGGAUGUCCUUGCUUUGUCAUUGCUUUAGUGGUGUAGGGAUAACAGCUGCAGUGCUCCACAGAUAAGACAUCUUGUGUCUUUGUUAUACAUAAAACACAAUGGUUCAAUAAAUAUAAUUUUUGUAUCUUA